AUGAAUUCCAUUGCACAGAAAUACUCCUACGAAAACAGCGAUUCGGUAUUGGAGGCCAAAAGUGCCACAAGUGCACAUAUGGCUGAUCUUCAACGAGGUCUUGCCCCCACCAUCCAAGUGCCUCCAAUUUCCCAACCAGCAGCUUUUCUUCGGGCUCACACCGACGACGCCUCCAACCCCGACUGUAAGAUCAAAAUAGCACACGGAACCACCACACUUGCUUUCAGAUUCAAGGGUGGAAUCAUCGUGGCAGUAGACUCGCGAGCCACGGCCGGCAACUGGAUUGCGUCCCAAACCGUGAACAAAGUCAUCAGAAUCAACCCAAUGUUGUUGGGAACCAUGGCAGGAGGUGCUGCCGAUUGCCAGUAUUGGGAAACAUGGUUGGGAACACAAUGUAGACUCCAUGAGUUGCGGGAAAAGGAGCGUAUUUCCGUGGCAGCAGCAUCAAAAAUAUUGAGUAAUUUGAUCUACGAAUACAAGGGAAUGGGAUUGAGCAUGGGUACGAUGAUUUGUGGUUAUACCAAAAAAGAGGGCCCCACAAUCUACUAUGUGGAUUCCGAUGGAACCAGACUUAAGGGCGAUUUGUUCUGUGUCGGUUCUGGUCAAACCUUCGCCUACGGUGUGGUGGACGCCGGCUUAAAGUGGGACAUGUCGGUCGAAGAUGCAUUGUAUUUGGGUAAACGAGGCAUUCUUGCAGCCACUCAUAGAGAUGCUUAUUCCGGUGGUUCCAUCAACUUGUAUCAUGUGACGGAACAAGGUUGGGUCUACCACGGCAACCACAAUGUGGGCGAUAUCUUCUGGGACAUCAAAGAACAAGAGGGUUCGUUCAAUAACGUGGAAGCUUAG